AUGUCAACACACUCAAAUCAUCCCUACCAUCUUGUAGAUUAUAGCCCUUGACCUUUAACAGGGGCUAUUGGAGCAAUAACGUUAGUUUCAGGAUUAGUUAUAUGAUUCCAUCAAUAUAAUAUAACAUUACUAUUCCUAGGAAUUAUUAUUACUUUAAUAACUAUAUAUCAAUGAUGACGAGAUAUCUCCCGUGAAGGAACAUUUCAAGGUCUUCAUUCUAUACCUGUUACUUUUGGAUUACGUUGAGGAAUAAUUUUAUUUAUUAUUUCUGAAGUAUUUUUUUUCAUUUCAUUUUUUUGAGCAUUUUUUCAUAGAAGAUUAUCCCCUAAUAUUGAAUUAGGAGCAGAAUGGCCUCCAACAGGAAUUUAUCCUUUUAACCCAUUCCAAAUUCCACUAUUAAAUACAGCUAUUCUCUUAGCUUCAGGGGUUACUGUUACAUGAGCUCAUCAUAGCUUAAUUGAAAAAAAUCAUUCCCAAGCUUCUCAAGGUCUUUUUUUUACUAUUAUUUUAGGAAUUUACUUUACAAUUCUUCAAGCCUAUGAAUAUAUUGAGGCAUCAUUUACUAUCGCCGAUAAUGUUUAUGGAUCAACCUUUUUUGUAGCUACAGGGUUUCACGGACUCCAUGUCUUAAUUGGAACCACUUUUUUAAUUAUUUGUUUAAUUCGACAUCUACAAAAUCACUACUCCUCGUCUCAUCAUUUUGGAUUUGAAGCUGCAGCCUGAUAUUGACAUUUUGUUGAUAUUGUUUGAUUAUUUUUAUAUGUAUCUAUUUAUUGAUGAGGUAAUUAAUUUA